AUGGCUGCUUCACAAGGAGUUGUUGCAUUACAAAACUUUUUUACUCGAUUGUCUUUUGUUAUCAAUGUUGUUGGUGCUUCCUCCAAACGGACCGACCAACUUAGAGACGCACAAGCUGAGGAAAUUGCAUAUAAGAUUUCUGUUGAUGAAUUAGAGACAGGUAGAGGUCUUAAUCAAAUUGGUACAUUACAACGAGUUGGUGAUACUCGAUGGAGUUCUCACCUCAAAUCAGUUUCGAGCUUAAUCAAAAUGUUUAGUCCAACUUUUGAGGUUUUACUUACAAUUAUUAAGGAUGGCACUGGUCCAAUCAAAGGCGACGCAGAUUUAGCAUAUGAGUCUAUUACUACAUUUGAGUUCAUUUUUGUUCUUCAUCUCGAGCAAGAAAUAAUGGAGAUCAUUGAUUUACUUUGUCAAGCUUUACAAAGACAAUCUCAAGAUAUUUGUAAUGCAUUGAGGCUAGUUGCGUCCACCAAAUUGUUAUUGCAAAAAAUGAAAGAUGAAAGAUGGGAUUGUUUAUUGUCUCUUGUUAUGUCGUUUUGUCAAGAAUGCAACAUUGAUAUCCCUGAUAUGACUUAUCCAUACUUUACUAGAGGGCCCGGAGUGUGUAAUGAGCUUAGUGAUCAUACACUAGAACAUCAUUACCGAGUGAUAUAUUUUACGAAGCAAUUAAUUGUCAGUUAA